CGGACCAACGCCUGCGAGCUCAACGCCCUACACGCCUUCAGCUUCCCGGGCUGGCAGGCGGCUAGUGGCGUCUGAGGAAGUGUUUAAAAUGAAGAAGUUUAAUUUCCGAAAAGUUUUGGAUGGCUUAACUGCCUCCUCCCCUGGCAGUGGUAGCAGCAGUGGCAGUAACAGUGGUGGUGGGGCUGGAAGUGGUUCCCUGCAUCCAGGAGCAACUGCAGGGAUUCUUAGAGAGGAGAUUCAGGAGACCCUGACUUCAGAGUAUUUCCAGAUUUGCAAGACUGUUCGGCAUGGUUUUCCUUAUCAGCCCACAUCGUUGGCCUUUGAUCCAGUUCAGAAAAUCUUAGCUAUUGGAACAAGGACAGGUGCUAUACGAAUACUUGGGAGACCUGGUGUUGAUUGUUAUUGCCAACAUGAAAGUGGUGCAGCUGUCUUGCAGCUACAAUUCUUGAUCAAUGAGGGUGCUUUGGUCAGUGCAAGUUCAGAUGAUACACUUCAUUUGUGGAACCUUAGACAAAAAAGACCAGCUAUUCUUCAUUCUCUUAAAUUUAACCGAGAACGAAUUACUUACUGUCAUCUACCUUUCCAGAGUAAGUGGCUCUAUGUUGGAACAGAAAGAGGAAAUACACAUAUUGUAAAUAUUGAAUCUUUCAUUCUUUCUGGAUAUGUUAUCAUGUGGAACAAGGCAAUUGAACUGUCCACCAAGACUCAUCCAGGUCCUGUUGUACAUUUAAGUGAUAGCCCAAGAGAUGAAGGCAAACUGCUAAUAGGUUAUGAAAAUGGUACUGUAGUAUUCUGGGACUUGAAAUCUAAAAGAGCAGAACUGAGAGUUUAUUAUGAUGAGGCAAUUCAUUCAAUUGAUUGGCAUCAUGAGGGCAAACAGUUCAUGUGCAGCCAUUCAGACGGUAGCUUGACCUUAUGGAACCUGAAAAGUCCAAGUCGUCCUUUCCAGACCACAAUUCCACAUGGAAAAACUCAAAGAGAAGGAAGAAAAUCUGAAUCUUGUAAACCAAUUCUUAAAGUAGAAUACAAGACCUGCAGAAACAGUGAACCAUUCAUAAUAUUCUCUGGUGGGCUGUCCUAUGACAAAGCUUGCAGAAGACCAAGUUUAACCAUCAUGCAUGGAAAAGCAAUUACAGUACUUGAAAUGGAUCAUCCUAUUGUUGAAUUUCUAACUUUAUGUGAAACACCCUAUCCAAAUGAAUUUCAAGAACCCUAUGCUGUCGUCGUACUUCUGGAGAAAGAUCUCAUUGUAGUUGAUCUGACACAAAGCAAUUUUCCUAUCUUUGAAAAUCCAUAUCCCAUGGACAUUCAUGAAUCACCAGUUACAUGCACAGCAUAUUUUGCCGAUUGCCCUCCAGACUUGAUUUUAGUACUGUAUUCUAUAGGAGUCAAGCAUAAAAAACAAGGAUACAGUAAUAAGGAGUGGCCAAUCAGUGGAGGAGCUUGGAACCUUGGAGCACAAACAUAUCCAGAAAUUAUUGUCACUGGUCAUGCAGAUGGAUCAAUAAAAUUUUGGGAUGCUUCUGCAAUAACUCUGCAGAUGUUGUACAAGCUAAAAACUUCAAAAGUCUUUGAAAAACAGAAGGCAGGAGAAGGCAAACAAACAUGUGAAAUUGUAGAGGAAGAUCCAUAUGCCAUUCAGAUGAUUUACUGGUGUCCAGAGAGCAGAAUAUUUUGUGUAUCAGGAGUCUCUGCCUAUGUAAUAAUUUAUAAAUUCAGCAGACAUGAAAUUACAACAGAAAUAGUGUCAUUAGAGGUACGACUUCAGUAUGAUGUGGAAGAUAUUAUUACUCCUGAACCAGAAACAAGUCCUCCAUUUCCAGAUCUCUCAACCCAGCUUCCUCCUUCAAGGAGUCUUUCAGGGAGCACUAACACCGUGGCUAGCGAAGGAGUCACAAAGGACAGUAUCCCAUGCCUCAACGUUAAGACACGACCAGUUCGAAUGCCUCCAGGAUAUCAAGCAGAACUUGUUAUUCAGUUGGUGUGGGUAGAUGGUGAGCCUCCUCAACAGAUUACUAGUCUUGCUGUAAACUCAGCAUAUGGAAUAGUUGCCUUUGGAAACUGCAAUGGGUUGGCUGUGGUGGAUUUUAUACAGAAGACAGUUCUGUUAAGCAUGGGGACCAUUGACCUUUAUAGAUCAAGUGACCUAUAUCAGAGACAACCACGUUCUCCUCGAAAGAACAAGCAGAUCAUUGCAGACAACUUUUGCAUGCGUGGCCUGUCUAACUUUUAUCCUGAUUUAACGAAACGGAUCCGUACUUCUUAUCAGAGUUUAACUGAGUUGAAUGAUAGUCCAGUUCCACUGGAACUUGAGCGUUGCAAGUCUCCCACUUCAGACCAUGUAAAUGGACAUUGCACAAGUCCAACUUCUCAGAGUUGCAGUUCUGGAAAACGUCUUUCUAGUGCUGAUGUUUCAAAAAUAAAUCGGUGGGGUCCUGCAAGACCUCCAUUUCGAAAGGCUCAGUCAGCUGCUUGCAUGGAGAUUUCUUUACCGGUUACAACAGAAGAAAACCGAGAGAAUUCAUAUAAUCGUUCCAGAAGCUCUAGUAUCUCCAGUAUUGACAAAGAUUCUAAAGAAGCAAUUACAGCUUUAUACUUCAUGGAAUCCUUUGCACGGAAAAAUGACUCUACUGUCUCUCCUUGUCUGUUUGUUGGAACCAGUCUGGGAAUGGUAUUAAUCAUCUCCCUAAACCUACCAUCAGCAGAUGAACAGAGGUUUACAGAGCCGGUUGUGGUAUUGUCAAGUGGUACAUUCCUCUCAUUGAAAGGAGCUGUACUAACAUUUUCCUGUAUGGACCGAACUGGCGGAUUAAUGCAACCUCCAUAUGAAGUUUGGAGAGAUCCAAAUACCAUAGAUGAAAAUGAAAAAACUUGGAGAAGGAAAUUGGUCAUGAACUACUCCUCUUCAUCCCAAGAAAUAGGAGAUCAUCAGUAUACAAUAAUUUGCUCAGAAAAACAAGCCAAAGUCUUCUCACUGCCUUCUCAGACUUGCCUUUAUGUUCAUAACAUCACCGAGACAUCUUUUAUACUGCAAGCAAAUGUGGUGGUCAUGUGCAACAGUGCCUGCUUGGCAUGCUUUUGUGCUAAUGGGCAUAUCAUGAUAAUGAGCCUACCUAGUCUUCGCCCAAUGUUGGAUGUUAAUUAUUUGCCACUGACAGACAUGAGGAUAGCACGGACAUUUUGUUUUACCAAUGAAGGACAGGCUUUGUAUCUUGUCUCUCCUACUGAAAUUCAGCGGUUAACAUACAGCCAGGAAAUGUGUGAUAAUCUACAGGACAUGCUAGGAGAUUUGUUUACUCCUAUAGAGACACCAGAAGCUCAGAAUAGAGGCUUUCUUAAGGGACUGUUCGGUGGAAGUGGACAAACAUUUGACAGAGAAGAGCUCUUUGGGGAAGCUACAGCAGGAAAAGCAUCUCGCAGCCUUGCACAGCACAUUCCUGGACCAGGUGGUAUAGAAGGGAUGAAAGGCGCUGCUGGAGGUGUCAUGGGAGAGCUGACCCGCGCCCGGAUUGCACUUGAUGAGAGAGGACAGAGACUAGGCGAGCUGGAAGAGAAGACUGCAGGCAUGAUGACCAGCGCAGAAGCAUUUUCCAAACAUGCACACGAGUUAAUGCUGAAAUAUAAGGAUAAGAAAUGGUACCAAUUCUGAACUCCUUAAGAAGAGCUGUGCCUGCUUUGAGAAACCAUUAUUCAGGGAAACCAAAUUUAUUCCCAGCAUCACUAUUCAACUGCUAGAAGCCAGUUUCUUCUAUAAAAUGUUCCAUCACAAUCCAUCUGAAGUUAUCAUAAAGGAGAAUUAUCAAAGACGUUGUACAACCCAAAGGCUGGAACCCUGGUUAAAAAUCCCAAGAUAACGGCUGAAUUUGUCUUUUCCCAUGUGGAAUGGAGCUAUCAUCUUAGCAUGUAAUUUGCUAAGGAUUUACAUUUAGGAACUGCAGGAAGUCCUUUUGAUUUGAAAAUUCCUGUACAAACAAAAGCAUUAAUGCACUUAAUGAAAAAAAUCUUUGCAUGAUAAAUUAACAUCUUAAGAGGAAAAGAAAAAAAGCAUGUUGUGACAGAAGAAAAAAAGAAUUAUGGUAAACUAUUUUUAUAAAUUGGGCCACACCCAACAAUUUAAAAGUCUGCAUUAGAAGACAUUAAUGCAUUUCAAGUAUAUUUGCCAUACCCAACUGAAAAGGAAAACAAAAGCCCAGAGUUCUCAUCUGUAAUUUUCAUUUUACUAGGACAUUAUUGAAUUCUAUGACAGGUAUCAGAUUAACAUUUUUCUCCCUCUUAGUAUUUUACAUCAAUCACAAUUAUUAGUCAUAAUCAAGUAUUAUCAGUAUAGUAAAUUAUUCCCAACAC